AUGGUUUUAACUUUGUUAACUUGUUUUAUUCUCCAGAGACCUAUGUUCUAUGGAUUAAAGAUGGGGCUUCUACCUUCUAUUAAAAGGGCUCUAAAGAUGUCGCUUCAGGUCUUCUUGCUUUCACUUGUCCUGAUUCUUAUUCUUCCUCGGCAAUUCAGAAUGGGAGGAUCCAUUGGAAGUCAAAUUAUCACCCAAAUCGCUAUUUUUAUAGUGACUACAGGUGUUUCCUUCUGUUGGGAAAUAAGCCAUCAUUUUGUCCAGGUUGUGCAUACAAGACGAUGCAGUUUUACUCCACCUCAGAGCUCUGCUGCUGCAGAGACUAAUCCUACCGAUUAUAUCCUCGAGACAUUGGAACUAAGUAAUCCACGUUCGCUGAUGCAAUAUCUUGCAUUCCAAGAUUUGUGUGCAGUAUCUGAAUGCAACAUUGAACCUUGGCGUCGAGGUGCCUUCUUUGAGGAGUCUGGUGAAACUUACAAAAGAAUUGUGACAGCCUGUUUGAAGCCACUUGAGGACUUCACUUCAAAAAUUGCUGAAGCACUUGAAGGGUUUACUAGUGAAAGGCCAGAACUAUUAUUACAACAGUCUAAGCUCUAUGGUGCAUUUAGUGAUUCACAGAUAUGCUCAUGGUGUGCUCGGACAUUGGCGACAUUAACUGCGCGCUCACGACAAGAGGAUCGCUAUGGAGUUGCUCAACUCACUGGCUGCAAUGCUGCUGUGAUGUCUACUUUGCUGUCUGCUCUAGUUGCGGUUGAAGCAUGUUUAGGGAAGAAAACUAACCCACAACCUGCGCACUCACUGGGUCCAGCAAGCAUUAAGUGGGGUAAUAACUUCUCCACUGCAAGAAAAGGCAAUGUAACUGCCAUCGCAAGCACACAAAGAGGUGGUCUGCACACUAAAGCUCAUUCAAUGGCUGAUGUUUUCCGGACUUCAAUUUAUCAGAUAGUCUCAGCCUUCUUGGAUGACAUGCGGGCAAAUGCAAAAGCUUCGAGUUUGGAGAAGAAUUGGAUCAGUGAAGGAAGAAAACCUAUACAUGGUUCACGUGCUGUGUUGGUUCAGAAGUUGAGCUUGUUUAUUGAAUACCGAGCUGUCUGA